CAAAGGAGCCAAGGACCCGGGCUCCAAGAAGAAGAAACACAAAGAAGUCUCAGCCAGCAAACUCAAGUUGUAGCAUUUAUUAUGAUGAUGAGGAAGACUCGCAUUCACGGAAGUCAAGCAACUCGACAAGUUGCUGUUAACCUAGCUAACGUCCCUAACAGCUGGCCAUCAUGCUCGGGGGAGGAUUCAAAGCAGAAAGACUCCGGGUCAACCUCCGACUGGUGAUCAAUCGCCUGAAGCUCUUGGAGAAAAAGAAAACUGAGCUAGCUCAGAAAGCACGGAAGGAGAUUGCAGACUACCUGUCAACAGGAAAGGAUGAGCGAGCACGGAUCCGUGUGGAACACAUCAUCAGAGAGGACUACUUGGUAGAGGCCAUGGAGAUCCUAGAACUGUACUGUGACCUGCUGCUGGCUCGCUUUGGCCUCAUCCAGUCCAUGAAGGAGCUCGACCCUGGCCUGCAGGAGGCUGUGUCCACUCUCAUCUGGGCAGCCCCACGUCUCCAGUGUGAGGUCAACGAGCUCAAAAUUGUGUCUGAUCAGCUGUGUGCCAAAUACAGCAAAGAGUAUGGCAAGCUCUGUAGGACAAACCAAAUCGGGACAGUCAAUGAUAGGCUCAUGCACAAACUGAGUGUAGAGGCCCCUCCUAAGAUCCUGGUGGAGCGCUACCUUAUUGAGAUUGCCAAGAAUUACAACGUGCCCUACGAGUCAGACGCCAUGGUCAGACCGGAGGUGUGUACAGGCGAGGAGGCUGACCUCAUAGACGUGGACUCUGACUUCAAGAAGCCAGGCGGAGGAGGAGGAGGCGGCGGCGGCGGCUUCACCGCUGGAGCCAUGCCUAUGCCCAUGGGCCCCCCAUCAGCGUUCAGCUACCCAACAACCGAAGGAGCAAUGCCCGGCCCCAUAGGGUUCAACGGCCCCUCUGUUGGCACAUAUGAUGCCUUUAACAACUUCCAGCCUCCAAUGAGAGGAGGGCACCCCCCUGAGCUGCCGAGCUGCCCCCCUACCUACGAGUCUAUUGAUGAGCUGUCUAUUAAACCUUCUGAUCGAUCCCAGGUCUCUGGCCCUGGGCCUUCAUCCCAGAUCUACGAUAACAACGCCCUCCCUGAGCUGCCCUCAGUUCCCGACACGCUUCCCACUUCCUCCUUUGGAGUUGGUCGAAACACUGCGAGCUCUGAUGACAUCGACUUUGAUGACCUGUCACGGCGCUUUGAGGAUCUGAAGAAGAAGACCUAAUCCUUCAGUAUCCCAUCAUGCUCCUCUGUGUUGUCAGUCACCGUAGCUACAGGAUCAGGAAAUGUUGAAAUAUUUGGAUUGGCACCCUUUGCAGUGAAACUCUCCCCACUGUGUUGUUUUACUGAUGUUAACAUGAACUGUACCUCAUUCAAACACACGUGUCUGUCUGGCACACUGAAGGUGAAGACCCUUUAGAGGGCUAUUUGACAGUACAUUUUGCAGUACACUUUAUUAUCAACUACGUCCAAUCAAAACUGGACCGUAUAGAUGUCAUCUUUAUAUGAGCACUUUGGAUAUAAAAUGGCCUUCCUGAUAGUAACUAGUACUCUAUGUAACCUCUCAAUCUUUCUCAUUGCUAUGAUUGUCACAUAUCCCCUUGACUCACAGUAUGAGCCGAUAUUUGGUUAAUAAUCAAAUAGUCUUAACUAAUAGUGUCUCUCAUCCAUAGACUGGAUUGAGUAAUCCAGAAUGUCAAUAGUUUGUCGUUGUGCCAUCGCUUGUCAUGAAACUGGUGUUUACCUGUCACUGAAUCGCAUACUAGAAAAACCUGUUUUCUGGCACACCCAUUAUGUCGAAAUAUUCAGGCCUAGGACAUUUUCAAGGCCGUAGCACCCGGUCUAUGUCGGGUUUUACCCUACUCUUACUCUCCGGCUCUGGACCUUUGGUGACGUCUGAAACCGGUUCUUUGACAUAUCUGUUACCUUACAUGGGGUGGAGGGAUUUAAUUAGACAUGAUUGAUAAAGUGGGGUAGUGAAAUAUGUAAUACGCAAUGCUAUUUACAGGAAUGAUUGCUUUAACUGUACAGCAAAAAUAUGUUGGUAGGAGGUUGAAGGCAAGAGUUGGAAAAUAUUUUUAUUUUACAAAUUUGUUUUAAUAAAAUCCACUUAAUGUUUUAAAGAUUAUUUAGUUUAACCCUAUACAUACACUUUCCAUGUUUGUGUAAAAUAACCCAUGCAGUGUAUUGGCGAAUGGAAUGCAUGAUUUGACUGGUGACAGAAAUUAUACUCUAUAUGAAUAACCACUUGACCAUGUAAGUUUGAUGUAAAUACAUCCCUCAAAAUGUAAUGGGUUCUUCUUCCUCUUUGUGUAAUAGAGGUUUAUAGUGUGAUUCAGUAUGUUAUCUAUGUAUGUGCGCCACACUGCAUUUACCGUCAUCAGAGGCCUUCCCAUUCUAUAAGUGUAUUCAGACUAUGUACACGUAACCUGCAGUGGUGGACAAACUACCCAAUUGUCAUACUUGAAUAAAAGUAAAGAUGCCUUAAUAGAAAA